AUGCUCAUGGAGGGCAUUGAAGCUAUUGCCGAGUCGGCUCAGCCCGCAAAGGCUGAGGCGCACUCGCCGACAGGUCCCGAAAUGAAGCAGGAAUCACCCAGUCUCACGACCGACCUGGGCGAGACCCCUCCAUUCCCACUCAAGCGACCCCGCGAUCCGAGCCCCGAAGACGCUGAUGCCGAGUCUAAGAGGUUAAAAGUCGACGAGGAGGAACCUCUGGAUCUGGGCUUUGAUAUGGACGCCAUGAUCCAAGACGUCAUGAUGAACAUCAACGAGGUGGGCAAGGUGGACGGUCUUGACUCUGGCCCGGACGUGGAUAUGUCGGCAGACCCUCUCGCUUCUGUGUCGCAAGAACCGCCGUCGUCUACCGAGUCGCAUACGGCCGUUCUGUCUGAGCCGCUCGCCUUGAUGAGGCGCACGACUACCUCCUGUUUGUCAAACUUCGGUUUGCAGCUGCUUGUGAUCCUGUCGCAACAUGUCUUCGACGACGUCUACCGACAAUUACAGGAAAAGGACUCGGAGGUCUUCAAGUCUUUUACCAUGAUUAAGUCUCUUUUCCAGCAGACCCGCGCGAUCUACUCCUCGACCGACCUUAUCCUGGACCCCGCCACGCUGGACCUGACGCUUCCCGACAACCUGACCGACGUCCAGGUUGCCAACCUCGCAAGCUUUUGCUGCUCACUUUUUUCCUUCGACGGACACCACGAUUCUACUUCGAAGGAGCUGCUUGCCCUCCAGGACAACUUCUUCUCGGUUUUCUUGCCUGGUGGCGAGAACGACACCGUAACGAACGAAAUUUCCGAUCUUUUCGUCGCGGUCAAGACACACCUCGUCAUCGACGCCGUUACUACGGCAGAUCAAUCUGCACCAGUCGAUCAGUUAAUUGCGGACGCUUUCUCGGCCGAUCUGGAGGAUCAACUGCGUGCUCGACAUGGGGGAACAGGCUUGACGAACGAGGAACAAGCAUUGGUUACUGCUGUUCAAGAAAGGAAGGCGGCCUUGAUAUCAUACGCAUCGGGCCUGCCAGACACUGUUCUUCUCAAGAUCGGUUACCCAGAUGAAGACCUUUUCAGAUUACUCAAUUUGUACCUGCGCCGCAAGCUGCAAUCCCUCGCGGGACUCGCCUCCAGGCAUGGCAUCGAGCUUCCGCAAACAGUGACGAAUGGGGAGUUGGAAGCAUCAAUGUCCCAUGACUUGGACGACCUAGGCAUUUCCUCUUUACUGGAGGCGACCGAUGGCCUCGUUGCUCAGUACCUCCCGACCGAUACUAUCGACGGCUUGCCUAACGAUCAACCACCCGUUCCGACGACCGAGGACAGUGUUCCACCGGCAGAGCCCCCCGCGCCUGCACCCGAAACUACACCCGCCCCACCGACCACGAACGGCCCUGUAACGACCGAGGCUCAAGAUUCGAACGACAUCCUCGCCCUCGUGGCGCAGAGCACUCAGGAGUAUGUAAGAACAACUCUCAACAAUCUGUCGCCAGCACCAUACCAGCCGACUGUUCCCACGCCCACGGGAGCAGCCCCCGUUGCGCAGACGACGUACCUCUCUCAUUUGCAGCAAACCCAGGCACAAUCACCAUACUACGGGUAUUCCCCGCAAGUCGAGCAGCCGCCGCAGCCUGCCUCCCAUGACAGCUCCGAGAAGCUUCCUCCAAGUCAGACGUUACCAAGUGCUGUGUUAUACGACAGAGCCAGACAAGCUGCGUUGAGUAAGACCAACAACCAGCAGAGACGAGAAGGCACCACGUCAACAAGGCGGCCCUGGACCCAAGAAGAAGAGAAGGCGCUGAUGACGGGUCUGGACAUGGUCCAGGGACCUCACUGGAGUCAGAUUCUAUCACUCUUCGGCGCUGAGGGCUCGAUGUCGAAUAUACUCAAAGAUCGGACUCAAGUGCAGCUGAAGGACAAGGCACGCAAUCUGAAGCUCUUCUUCCUGAAGACAAACUCGGAGAUGCCAUACUAUCUACAAGCCGUGACGGGAGAGCUCAAAACCCGAGCCCCUACUCAGGCUGCUCGGAAGGAGGCUGAAGAGCGAGCUCGCUUGAACUCAGAGGAGGAGCAAGCGCGCGUGCAGGGGAUCAUGACUCUUGCUGGCGGCCUGCAACAUCCUCAACACCCGCAACAUCCCCAGCAUCAGCAACAUCCACAGCAUCCCCAACACCCUCAGCACCCCCAGCAGAAUCGGGCGAGCGCAGCACCCGCUACCGCGCCCAGCACGCCUUCACGAUCUGCGGCACACAUGGCGCACCACAUGGCCCACGUUACGACACCAACCCACGCCGCAGUGUCCGGUCCGCCAGCGACACCUGCAACCGCAACCCCGGCGCACCAUCAAGUGCCUGCCUCAUCGCCUUAUGCGGCAACCGCGGCUCAGCUAUCUCAGACCCCUCAUGCGCUUUCUCACACCCAACCACAAACCCCGACCCACUCACACAUCCAACAUCACUCUCAACCCGGGACGCCGCAGCCACAAAAUCACCAGCAGCAGCAACACCAGCCGCAGCCGCAGCAGCAAUCGCACCAAGAACAUGUGCAGCAACCGGCUUCCCAGCCAGCAGAGGCAGUGUCUCAGUACUCGGCCGAUGCGUCGGCGGCAGUGUACAGCCAAGAGAACGACGACCUCAAGGAGGCGGCGCUCAUGCAAAGUCUGCGCGAACUCGAGGCGUACAGCGGCAGUGCCAGUAUUCUCGACACCCUUAUCGAUUGGGAUGGCGCCUCCGACGAGACGUCAGAAACAAUGAUCGAUGGCCCCGACUGGAGACACGGCAACGCUUUUGCCGAUGUCUAG